AUGGCGGCCCCAUCUCUAGAACGUGGAAGUGCUGCUAAAGUUCCUCGAUCUCUCAAAAGGGCUUUUAGCUCAUUCGGAGAAGUUAUCGAAUCCAAGAUUAUUAGCGACCAUGAGAUGGGGAGAUCGAGGGGCUUUGGAUUUGUCACCUUCAUCAACGAACAGCCCAUGAGGGAUGCCAUUGAAGGGAUGAACGGACAGAACCUUGAUGGCAGGAGCAUCACUGUCAACGAGGCCCAGUCCAGGGGAAGCGGCGGCGGAGGAGGCGGUGGCGGUGGCGGAGGAUUCCGUAGCAGUGGUCGUCGUAACAGUGAUGGCUAUGGAGGGGGAGGGGGAGGGGGAGGAGGUUAG